CAGACACCAGCAGGGACUGACUUGCUCUUGUUGCAGAUCUGGAGCAGCAACCGUUUGUUUCCCAGUGCAGAGGAAGCCACUCUUUUCCUUGGAACACUGGAUACUAUUUUCCUCUUCUCCUAUGCAGUGGGCCUUUUCAUCAGUGGUAUUGUUGGAGAUCGGCUUAAUUUACGAUGGGUUCUGUCUUUUGGCAUGUGCUCUUCUGCAUUAGUGGUGUUUGUCUUUGGCACUCUCACAGAGUGGCUGCAUUUCUACAACAAGGGCCUGUACUGCUGCCUGUGGAUUGUGAACGGCCUGCUGCAAUCCACUGGUUGGCCCUGUGUGGUUGCUGUUAUGGGCAACUGGUUUGGGAAAGCUGGACGAGGUGUUGUUUUUGGUCUCUGGAGUGCCUGUGCUUCAGUGGGCAAUAUUUUGGGAGCAUGCCUCGCUUCUUCUGUUCUGCAGUAUGGUUAUGAGUAUGCCUUUCUGGUGACGGCAGCUGUGCAGUUUGCUGGUGGGAUCAUCAUCUUCUUUGGACUACUGGUGUCACCAGAAGAAAUUGGUCUCCCAGAUAUUGAGGCAGAGGAAAGUUUUGAAGAAGACUCACACAAGCCAUUAAUUCAUGGUGCUGAAAAUGAAGACGAAUAUGAGCCUAAUUAUUCAAUCCAAGAAGACAGUACUAUUACCCAAGUCAAGGCCAUAAGCUUUUAUCAGGCUUGUUGUCUUCCUGGAGUCCUACCAUAUUCACUGGCCUAUGCCUGCUUGAAGUUAGUGAAUUACUCUUUCUUCUUCUGGUUACCCUUUUAUCUGAGUAACAACUUUGGAUGGAAGGAGGCGGAAGCUGACAAACUGUCCAUUUGGUACGAUGUUGGAGGAAUUAUAGGUGGAACUUUGCAAGGCUUCAUCUCUGACAUAUUACAGAAGAGAGCACCAGUUUUAGCUCUAAGUCUGCUUCUGGCAGUUGGGUCCCUCGUUGGAUACAGCCGCUCUCCAAACGAUACGUCCAUCAACGCACUUCUGAUGACUGUUACAGGAUUUUUUAUUGGUGGGCCUUCUAACAUGAUCAGCUCUGCUAUUUCUGCGGACUUGGGUCGCCAAGAGCUGAUCCAGGGGAGCAGUGAGGCUUUGGCGACUGUCACAGGAAUUGUGGAUGGAACUGGGAGCAUUGGAGCUGCGGUGGGCCAGUAUUUAGUGUCUUUGAUCCAGGACAACCUAGGGUGGAUGUGGGUUUUCUACUUUUUCAUUCUUAUGACAAGUUGUACAAUUGUAUUUAUAUCACCGUUAAUAGUGAGGGAACUAUGCUAUCUGGUACAAAGACGACAGACUCGCAUAUUGAGUGAGUGAGCGAGCAGUAUCCACAGGAGACAAGAACAAUGGGAUAUACACCGGGACUAUUUUUAUUUUAAUUCACCCUGUUUGGGGAUUAUCUUAAGAGCUCCAACACAACCUCAGAUUGUCAAGCUUCUUUAGACAGUGCUGGCCACCUGAGAGCUGACUGGCAGUCAGAUGGGCUGUUUUUCUGCACUACAGAAAUUGUUGAUGAUGAUUUUUAUUGUUGCUUCAUGAAUGUACUGAACGGCCUAUGAAUCUUCCAGCGUCUGUCUUUGGCCCAUUGGGGUUUAUCCCUUUAACCUUAAAUGCCCUGUUGGACUUGGAUCCUAGUUCUCCAGCCUGGGAAGUUGAGUGACUGUGCAUGGUUUGUAUCAAUGACACGCUCCAUGAACAGAAAGGAUCGUUGCAUUUUGCUUUGGUGAUGAGUUUGCAGAGAGUGGCUCAUCUUUGAAGCACCAAAUCCUGAUAAAGUGCUCCAGCUGGAUCAGGCAUUCGCUGUAGACAAAGAAUCCCUUUGUUAACUACGGUGGGAAAAAAAAUCACACUACAGGCUGAUUGACUCAGUCACUCUGUAUCGGAUCUAAAGUCAUUCAGCUUCAGAAACAGGAGUGUCCUCAGAUUAUUUUCAACUUGAUCUCCUCCAUCUUCAUUCAAAAUUAACUUUGACUCCAGGAACGAUUUAGUCUUCCUUUCAAGGACCAUAAGGCAAAUCAGCUGUGAACAUUCUAGUGUGUAAUUCACGUUCGAAGUCCUCAGCCCCAGAUUUGUUGUCUGGGAAGUUCAGGAUCCAUUAGGAAGCUAAUCUGCUUUGCCGUAUUUUCAGAGGAUUGGUCUCUGUCACUACGUGGUUCCUUGAGUUACCUCAGAAGAAGACUGGAGAAAAGGGAAGACCCUUUGUCCUAGUAAGCAUGAAGAAUGUGACACUGAAUCACAUUAAUGGAUAACUGGGGUCUGAGGGGCAUUUAGGUAUCUGUUCUUUCAAAGACGGUAGAGGGUAUGUCUUUAAACCUGUGAGUUCUAUACUAAUUAUCACUAUUUUAAGGUCAUUCUGUAUAUUUUAAAUUCUGUAAGAGAAGUGGGGGAGAAUGUGCAAUUUUGUGGGCUAAUUUACAGUGGGUAGGGAAUAUUUUCAGCCUCCUGCUUUAUACUCUGAAGUGUGGUGUGUUUUUAUGAUCUUAAGUGGUAAUAUUAUUUAAUCAAGGAGAUUUCCAAUCAGUUAAUUGUUCAUUACUGGCAAAGGAAAAUAUGAAACACAGGAAAGGAAAAUAAACUGACUUUUAUAACAAA